AUGUCAGACCUAAUAAAAAAAUUGGCCUUUGAAUUUGUUACAACAAUACCUCAAAUUAAUGUACAUAGGCACAGGUAUUCCUACACGUUCCCGUUUCGAUUGAAAUCUUGUGCAAAGUCGAAGGCUUUUAGGGAAGGGCAACAGAUACAUGGCCACGUUUUGAAACUUGGGUAUGAUGUAGAUCUUUACGUACACGCUUCUCUGAGCUCGUUGUAUGCCCAAACCGGGAGAUUGGAAGAUGCACAUAAGGUGUUCGAUAUAAAUUCUCACCGAAAUGUGGUUUCCUACACAGCUUUGAUCAUGGGUUAUGCGUCUAGAGGAUAUAUGGGAAGUGCUCGAAAGUUUUUUGAUGAUAUUCCAGUCAAAGACGUAGUUUCAUGGAAUGCAAUGAUUUCAGGAUAUGCCGAAAACAGUAACUAUAAAGUAGCAUUAGCAUUGUUUAAAGAGAUGAUGAUGAUGAAAAAUGUUAGACCAGACGAGAGUACAAUGGUCACUGUAGUUUCUGCUUGUGCUCAGUCUGGUAGUAUUGAUUUGGGUCAUCAUGUACAUUCUCUGAUUGAUGAGUACGGGUUUGGUUCAAAUCUCAAGAUUGUUAAUGCUCUCAUCGAUUUGUACAUGACGAUAUCACGGAAGGCACUCAGAUCCACGGACAAGAAAGGGCAACAGAUACAUGGCCACGUUUUGAAACUGGGGUAUGAUGUAGAUCUUUACAUACACGCUUCUCUGAGCUCGUUGUAUGCCCAAACCGGGAGAUUGGAAGAUGCACAUAAGGUGUUUGAUAUAAAUUCUCACCGAAAUGUGGUUUCCUACACAACUUUGAUAAUGGGUUAUGCGUCUAGAGGAUAUAUGGGAAGUGCUCGAAAGUUUUUUGAUGAUAUUCCAGUCAAAGACGUAGUUUCAUGGAAUGCAAUGAUUUCAGGAUAUGCAGAAAACAGUAACUAUAAAGUAGCAUUAGCAUUGCUUAAAGAGAUGAUGAUGAUGAAGAAUGUUAGACCAGACGAGAGUACAAUGGUCACCGUAGUUUCUGCUUGUGCUCAGUCUGGUAGUAUUGAUUUGGGUCGUCAUUUACAUUCUCUGAUUGAUGAGUACGGGUUUGGUUCAAAUCUCAAGAUUGUUAAUGCUCUCAUCGAUUUGUACUCAAAAUAUGGUGAAUUGGAGACAUCGUGUGGUUUGUUCGAGGGAUUGGCGUACAAGGAUGUGAUUUCUUGGAAUACCUUGAUCGGUGGUUACACUCAUAUGGAUCUUUAUAAAGAAGCAUUGUCGUUGGAAUUACACUCAUAUGAACCUGAUACUUAUGAAGUUUUAAAGAAGCAUUGUUCCUGA